CUCGUUAACUGCUUCCCUGUUGUUGUUCUGUGCGCUGCUGUCUUGCCCCGGACAGACAGACAGACAGCCUUAAACCAUCAAGUUCCUCACUGACGGCUGCCUGCCUGCCUGUCUGCCACAGUGUCAAGUUGGAUAUAUUGCGGGACAGACAGACAGGAUCGAGGCGUCUCUGUACAAAAUAUGAUGCAUGACACAGCCAUGGGCGCGGCGCAGCUGGUUGACUGACUGACUGACGCAAAAAUAGAUAGAUACAGACAGCCCCUCCCCUCCGAUCCACCCACACUCCACACAAAUGUAUGUCACUCACCCACAAACACUGCCAUCCAGCCAUGGCCAUCCAUGUCUUGCGAGUCUGUCAGUGCUGGCCGCCUCAGCCAUCAGCCGCAGUCAGCAAUGUCACUCACUCCCCCAUUUCACGACAGCAACCCGACACGCACACGGCCGCCAAGCAGGCACAGGCGGCUCGGCUCCCCUGUGAAGCAUUGAUCCAUCCAUCCAUCCAUUCCCUCGUGCCUUCACAUGUGCACCCAUGGACUGGACGCACCCACAUGCACUCCACCCAGCAACACAACACUAGCUGUCCCGCCCUCUCCCCCCACCAGCUGACUCACGCAGGCCUGCAGCCCCGACGUACACACACACACACACACAUGCAUACAUCAGACCGGGAAAACAGACACGCCGGCAGUCAGGCAGCCAGUCAGGCGGGCGGCAAACAACCAGAGGGGUUCGUGCAGCUAUGUAGGCUAGGCUAGGCUAUGUGUGCAACUCACACAGUCAGUCGUAGGUUCGUUCCCCAGUAGAAGCUAGCAAGCCAGCCAGGCAGCCAGCCACUGACUCACUGACUCACUGACACGGACCGACCGAGCACCCACCCGCCCCCCUCUCCCCACUCAGUCAUUCCUUCAGUCAGUGAGUGAAACCCACCGCAGUCAAUUCGCCAGCUACUAUAGAUGGAUGGACAAACAAUUGAGAAUUAGACAUACAUACGGCAGUAAGUAUACUGAUACAACAAGCAAGUAAUUCCCCUCCACCUGCCCCCCCCUCCCCCGCCCUGCUGCAUGAACCCACUCAUGGACUCACUGCUGCUGUCCUGUGCUGUGCUGUGCGAGCCAUCCAUCGCUCGAUGAAUGGAUGGAUAGGCAAUCACAGUAUUCUCUGCAGAGUGCGUCGGUUGACCCGUGCACUCUGUGGUGCGGGGGGCGGCUGGAGGGGCUCAGCCAAGGUGGACCUGGACUCGGGAGCCUCGGAUGACUGCUGCUGCUGCUGCUGCUGAUGAUGGCUUUGGGGCUGGGACGGCACUGCAGCUGCUAUCGCCGCCGUCAGCGUACUCUCGGGAGACGACACCUGCAUCGAUGAGUGAUGCAGACAGACAGACAGACAGAGGGGCUAAUCAAUGGGCGACAUCUUACUCCUCUCCUCUCCCCUCCCCGCCACCCCGUGUGCCGUGUUGUGCUUACGCUUCCUUGUGGCUGGCUUGUGGUGGUGGUGGUGAUGAUUCUGUCCAGGUUGCCCUCGCUGCUCUGGGUGGACAUGCGCGCGUCGCUCAGGCCGUCGGCCACCCCUCCUUUCUCCGACAGCAGCGCACCGCCACCACUCUGGUGGUGGUCAGUCGUCCGCUUGGUGGGCGGCACGGAGGGCGUCUUGAUGGCCUCGAUGUCCGCCGUGAAUGAGUGUUUCUCGUCCUCCACGCCAUACCUCGCCGCGAAGGCCUGGGCGCGCAGAAGCUCCAUGGCGUCGCGCUUCUUGACGGCCUUGAGGUUGGCCGCUCGGCGGGGGUGCAGGGGAGUCGCCAACGUGCUGAGGGAACCAUCCAUGGAUGGAUGGAUGGAUGAUCACAGUAAGGUGUGUGGGUGUUUUGCAAACUCCCUCUCUCUGUCUGUCUGUCUUACUCGAGUCGGUUCUUUGAUGCAUGUGCCCCGGGCGCGCCCGUGCCACCGGUGUCUGACACACACACGGGACAUUUGGACGGACACGUGACCCUUUUUUUCUGAAAGGACAUCCUCACUCACUCACCCUUGGGCACCUCAAACCGACGACCUGCAUGCGUCACAGACAGUGAAUGAAUGAACGAACGAACGCACACAACACAUACUCACGGCGAGCAGACUGAUCAUUGCCUGGCGUGCUGGCUGUGCGAGUUGUGUUGCCUCACCCACCUAGCUGUCUGGGUGUUGUGGGAGUGCCCAUGGCAUCGCCCGUUCUGCUGCCGUUGCUGCUCUUCUGGCUCCCCAGAGGGCUCGGCAGGUCCUUCGGGCCGAGCAGCAGACCGUUCACACCGAUCUUGACGUCAGACGCCAGAAACUCCUAGUUGUUCGCACACAUAACACAGAGGCCAUAAGCACGGAAGACCUCUCUGCCAUGGUGGGGGCACGCAGGCAGACAGACUGCCGAGAAAGUGACCGCCAUCAUUCGGGCUCUUCUGACGAUGUCCGUGGCUCUGGAGGGCUUGCUGUCGCCAUCGGCGGAUGAGCUGCCGACGCUCUCGCAGCUGCCCGACGAGUCGAACGGUGCCGCGAAGCGGCUGGAGGCGGUGACGUGCACCAUGGGCGACUCGGUCGUCAUGUGCCGGUUGGGUGUCGGGAACGCCGAACUGUUCGCCUGGCUUGGCGCUGCACACACACACACAGACACACAGACACACACACGAGCAGCGGGCUCGCUAUUGUCCGUCCGUCUCAUGUGUUGUGUGUGAGGUGCGUUUGGUGACUGACUGAGUGAGUGGAGUGGUACCUCGGGAACUGCAGGGCGUCUCGCCACUCUCCUCUGGUAUGGGAUCAAGAGCCUGAUUGAGUCAUUAGCACACACACCGUCCCAAACAGCAGAGGAAGCAACAGAGAGCGGCCUUGGUUUUCGCUUCUCUUCUCCUCACCCAUGUGAGAUUGCUUCUCUUUGCUGCUUCUGCUCCUGCCGCUGCCAUGCCGGGCUCACAAAAACAAAACCGCAAUCUGUACUCAGCGAAGCGUACAAACCGGCCUGCGAGGCUCGGGGCGCCAAACCACCAGCGAG